UUUGUUUUUCAGAUGGUCAACUGCAUACUUCCGCUGCUUGUCACUAAACAUACCAGCACCUGUCAAACCACGUCUAGAAUAUCCAAUACCACGCGACUAUUUAGGCAUAACUCCAGGAUGGUUGAAAGCGCUUCUUCAUCAAAUAUCUUAUUGUAGAUUCAUUCAUUUCAAGAUCCUAUGGGACAGAUGGACCGGCGCCUGCUUAGCGCAUAAUACGCUCAUACAAAUGUUAUGCUUGGGAGGAUUCACCAAUCAUAAAGCCAUACAUUGGUUAAAAUUCGUGGGGCUGUGUGCAGCACAUUUGACAGAUAAUUUGACCAACACGAUGACUUUAAUAUGCGAAAUAAUGACAGAAGAACCGGAAGGUGGAUCGGCAAUGAUUCCAUUCGAAAUAUUUAUGGACUUAUAUAUAUUUUUGGCAAAGAUUGACGCAUCAAAACCACAAGUUUUAAAGAAUAUUCAUUUCGGCGAUGCCGUGUUAAAUGUAUAUAAACGUCUCUCGGAUAGAGAUUUGGCUAUUGAAAAAACGUCGGAAGUUGAAGAAGAAGAGGAAAGUCAAAAGUCUGAAUCAAUUGAAUCUAUAGAUUUAGAUUUGGAAAAAGAAGUAAGCAAAGAAGAUAUUUCAUGUCCUAGUUUGGUGGGAGAUGACCAUUAUUCUGUAGAUUACUAUUACGAUCAAGUUUUGGAAACUGCUCAAAUGGAGGAGGAAGGGUCAAAUAGAGGGAUAGCUAGUGUUUGGUCAAACUUUAAUAGUUCGGACGUAAGGGAUGACAGAUCAUGAUGGAGUAUGUUUGGUUGUAGGAAAGUGAUAAGUAUUUGGUGUUGUCGACA